CACCCCUCCAAAGGUUUUCCCAAAACCGAGCACAAUCAAUGGCAUCACCACCUCCCUCGGAUACCUGCCCGGCGGCCGAAGAAGUGUCAUCCCCCGCCCCUAAGAAGAUCAAGCUCUCCGACACCAGGGACUCUCAUGCUGGCGUCGCUGACAUCAAACCAGAGUACCUCCUCCCCAAGGCUCGGAAAGCCAUAUCCGCAUCCGCAGAUGACGACGCAGUCGGGGCUGCCCACCACUACCACUACCAAGAGGCAGAGAAUGGUGGCGGAGGGAAAAAACGUAAACACGAGCGCGGACAGAAUAAAGCGAGGAAGUUCCAUUUCGCGAGCGAUGAAGUUAAACUGUGUAACAGUCUUGUUAUGGUUCCGCGGGAGGGUCUGUUAGAGGGGACUGUUUGUGAAUUCGCGUUGAAUGCUCGGCCGAAGGGUCAGAAGGCGAGGCAGCGGCGGAAGAAGAAGGAAGAAGUCGAGGUGGGGAAGGCGACAGGAGAGGAUAAGAUUAUGGAGGGGAGGGAAGAGGAGGAAUGGGUAAAGCCGGAUGGGUUGUCGAAAAAGUGCGGUUUCUCACACAAUCUACGGGAGUAUUUGAAGAGCAAGCGGGAUGAUUCCGAAGGAGUUUGUCCGGUUUGGGAACUAAGAGGAUAUUGCGGAGGUGGGUGGAGAUGUAGAUGGGUUGGGUCGCAUUCUAAGGAAGAUGAGAAUGGCGAAUUAUAUAUGGUUGUUGACGAGGGAAAGAAGAAGAUGUAUGGAGAGAAGAUUGCAGAGGAACGGAAGGCAAAGCUUGCCAAUUCAAAGAUUAUUAAUUCUGUCUCGAUGAGCCUGAAGAUCCGGCUGAGGAAGAACGAAUUUCCGACUAAGAAGAGCGAGAUUUAUGCGGAAUGGGAACAUAAAGAGAAGACUACACGGGAUGGUUUGGGUUACGAGGACAAGGGCGAUGCCAGAGCUUCUUUUGUGGAUGCACCCGUGAAUGCGGCGGAGAAAAGAAGAAUAUACAUUGGAAAGGAAACGCCGUUGUUGGCUCCCUUAACAACAACGGGCAACCUUCCUUUCCGCCGUCUAUGCUCUCGUCUUGGUGCUGCCCUUACCUACUCCGAAAUGGCCAUGUCUGUUCCCCUCCUCCAGGGCCACAAGCCAGAGUGGGCUCUAUUAAGGGCCCAUGCCUCUGAAAUUCCGAAUUUUGGUGCUCAGAUUUGCGGCACUAAGAUUGGAACGGCGGUUCGGGCGACAGAAGUCUUGACAACUUUGUUCCCAUCGGCCGCCUCUUCUCGUCAUGGGCUGUCACUUGUUGACUUGAACUGUGGAUGCCCAGUUGACCUUGUAUACCGUCAAGGUGGAGGUAGUGCACUUCUGGAUCAGCCAUCCAAGUUAAUCAAGAUGCUCAAAGGAAUGAAUUAUGUCUCUGGGGAAACACCAAUAACGUGUAAAAUUAGGAUCUACGAUGCUGGGGAUGUCCAGGCUAUUACGCUUCAUGGCAGGAGUCGCCAGCAGCGAUACUCUCGGGAUGCCGACUGGACGUAUAUUGCCGAGACUGCGGCGCUGAUCAAAGAUCUUAAGCGGAGGUCUGACACAACUGCCGACACAGCGAUUGAUAAGGAGGCUAGAGAUAAACCGAAUGUCUUCUUUGUAGGAAAUGGUGAUUGCUAUUCUCACGUCGACUACUAUAAUUCCAUUGAUCAAGGCAACGUUGAUGGAGUAAUGCUUGCAAGGGGAGCUCUGAUAAAACCCUGGCUCUUUGAGGAAAUCCAAAAAGGUCAGUAUUUGGAUAAGUCUGCCACCGAGCGCUUAGACUACAUUCGUGAGUACGUUCGAUACGGUCUUGAAUGCUGGGGCAGCGACGAACUCGGUGUUGCUACUACCCGUAGAUUCCUCCUCGAGUGGCUCAGCUUUGGAUGCAGAUAUGUACCCAUUGGGAUUCUCGAGAGGUUGCCUCCUCGGAUUCAGGACAGACCUCCCCCAUGGAAGGGAAGAAAUGAAUUGGAGUGCUUGCUUGGUGGCUCGGACUAUAAGGAUUGGAUCAAGAUAUCUGAGAUGUUUCUGGGUCCUUGUCCGAGUGACUUUCACUUUACACCUAAGCAUAAGGUUUGCGUGAUAACUUUAUGUCUUGGUUGA